CUCUCCAUCAUGGAUCUGCCUCCUGCGCCCACUCCGCCCGUCUCUGGCGGCAUUGGGCCCAACUCGGAUCGCACCGCCAACCUGCUCAACCUGCUCAAGUUCGGUGGCCCUGGCACCUCCAAGGAGCCGCUGCAGCCGUCGAACCAGAGCCAGAGCCAGGGUCAGGGUCAAUCUCAGGCUCCGGCUCACCACGGUCAGGCUCAAGCCCAGCAGCAGCCUCAGGCCCCGCCGUCCUCGUCGUCCGCCCAGCAGCACGCCGAGUCGUCCUCGCAAGCACACGCUCACGCUCAUCCAUCUCAGCCCCCGUCGGCCCAGCAACAGCAGCAGCCCUCGAGGCAAGACGAUGAGGAAGACGACGACGACGACGACGACGACGACGACGACGAAGACGAGCAGCGCUACCGACGCCUCCAACAUCUCCAGAUGCAGUCCAACCAGUUCUCGACCCGCAUCCACCAGCCCGCCCCCACGGCGGACAAGCCCACGGGGCUGCUCGCCGCUUUCAUGAGAGGUGCUCACGACCUGGAAGAGCCCAAGCCAGCUCCCACGCCGCCUCAGGCUCACGCGCAGCCCGCGAACCCCUUUUCUAGCGGAACGCCGCCUGCCCAUUCUACGAGCUAUCUCCUCAAUCUUCUCAUUCCCAAGCCGAGCCAGACAGACCAGCUGCACGAGACUUCGCGCUCUGCCGAGCACACGCCGCAGUCACAGGAGCUUUUGUCAGAGACGAGCAGUCGCUACUACGGACAUCAUCAUCCGCAGCAGCAGCAACAGCAGCAGCAGCAGCAAAUUCCGCAGCAGCAGCAACAACAGCAGCAGCAAGCUGCGAGCUCGUACCAAGCGCAGCCCCAUUACCAGCAGCCGGCAGACGCGUUUGCUGGCCACGGGCACGCGCAUGGACAUCCUGGCAUCAACCCCAUCUUCUCGCCGACGCAAAAGGACCAGCCCGAUGUCUCGGUUCUCUACCAGGCGCUGGCCGGCACUCUUAACCAGAUGUCGCCGCACAGCACCGGCAGCGUCCACGGCUCUGCCCCGCCUCCUUUUCACAUCUUGAAGAAGGACCAGGGCUCGCCGGCCGGCUCCAAUCCCUUUGGCGGCAGCGAGCGCAGUCCUCUGCAGAGUCCUCCUCAGCAGUUCAGGCACGGCUUGGAUCGUACUUCAUCGCUGCAUUCUCACCAUUCUCACCACUCCCACCACUCGACGCAACAAUCUCUGAAGCCGACCCCUCCGACUUCGGAUUUCGGCAGCUUCGUCAACAUUGACAAGAACAGGGAGACUGUCUCCGAGGCCGUUCAUGACCUUGCCAGCCGUGCCGACCGCGACGCUCAGGAGGCCCUGGAUAGAGCCGAGCGUGAGACCGUGUCCAACUAUGCCGAGAGCGCCACCGUCAAGCCUCAUGAUGAGAGCGACUGGGAUGCUCCCGAGGCGAGAGAGAUGGAUAACCACGGCGUCGCAGACAGCUGGGAGAGCGCCGACCAAGACGAGAUUGUCGUCAUCGAGGAGAAGGAGCCGGCUUCUGUCAAGGUGUACAACUUCCCCAUGAAGCCUUGGAUCUCCAUCACGCUCCAGGAAGACGCCACCGAGCCUCGACCACAGUUUCGAGAGGAGUCGAUCAUGGACGUUGCGCACCUCAAGAAGGACUUUGACCAGAUUGACCGGAACCUGUACACGGCCUCUCAGACCUACAUGACGCACGGCAUGUCCAAGCAGGGCGGCCUGCGCGUCAUUCGCCAGGACGACGGAAAAGAUGCAAAGGUGUUUAGAGAUACCAGGGAUCGCAUCUUCAACGUCGCCAUGUCCGUCACCCCGAACGACUACGACGGCCCUGCCCGGGAAGCUAUCAUCGGUACCGGCAUCAGCGGCACCGUCUACUGGGUCCUGAUCAAGGACGGCGAGAAGGACCACCUCGAAGACCCUCACCUGGAGCAGUAUGGCUUUGCCCUGCCCCCGAUCAACUCCCAGGAGGGCGACGCCCCCGGCGGUGCCCUUAAGACGCGCGCCCGCGCCUCGACCAACCACCCCGAGUUCUUCGCCGUCGGCCGCGGCAAGUCGAUUCACUUCAUCUGGCCCUCCUUCAUCCUGCAGAACAAGCUGUUCAAGCCCGGACACGAGCACGACCGCGUCGCCGACACCGAGGCGCUGCUGAGCCAAUGCUCCCUCAAGAUCAACACUGGCAAGGCUGGUAAGGACUUUACCUUUAGCCAGGACGACACCGUCGUUGUCUCGCUCGACAAGUCGGGCCGCGUCAAGUUCUGGGACGUCCGCGACCUGACCGCCGUCAAGGAGGGCUCAGACCCUCGCAACCCUGUGCCCGCCCACUCGAACCUCGAGGUCAAGGAGCCCCUCAUGACCCUGGCCAGCACGCCCGAGGGCGAAAAGGCCUGGCCGACGUCGGUCCUGCUCCUCGACAAGCAGCGCCCGUACCAGAAGCGGUGCGCGCUGCGGUACAUGAUUGUCGGCAUGAAGCAGAACCACACCCUGCAGCUGUGGGACCUGGCCCUGGGCAAGCCCGUCCAGGAGUUCAACCUGCCUCACAGCAAGGAGUCGGACGCCGUCUGCAGCGUCAUGUAUCAUCCGGCCAGCGGCAUGAUCAUCAUUGGUCACCCGACCCGGAAUUCGGUCUACUUUGCGCAUCUCUCGGCCCCCAAGUACAAUCUCAAGAGCGUUUCCCAGGCCGAGUACAUCCAGAAGCUGUGUUCGCAGGACCCUUCGAUCCCCCAGCCCGAUAGUACCGCUGUCAUCAGCGGCGUUCGCGAAUACUCGUUUGACAACCGCGGCAUCCUCCGCUCCCUGGAUAUCCUGGCCAACCCCGCCAUGGUGCAGGACACGGACGAGCCGACCCUGUUUGAGCUGUACGCCAUGCACUCCAAGGGCGUUGCUUGCCUGAUGAUCAAGCAGGCCGAGCUGGGGUGGUCCAAGGACAACAAGGUGCUUGACCCGGUCGAUGCCGUCCUCGAGGGUGUUGUCUCCGUGUCCAAGCUCAAGACUCCCGUGCAGACAGACGUCGCCAACGGCGCCUCAGAGCAGCAGCAGCAGCAGCAGCAGCCUGCUCCCACUCCGGUGCGCAUUGCCACGCGGACGGUAAUCAAGGAUGCUGCUCCGCCGCAGUCUGCCCAGGUCGCCGCCGCUUCCUCGUCCGAAGCCCCCAAGAACGACGCCAAGGAGACGGAGACGCCUGGACAGUCAUCAAAGGAGAACCACGGCGAGAAGCCCGAGCGCAAGCAACGUAAGAAGAAGGGCAAGGAUGCCGAGUUCAACGCCAACGGAUCGGCGCCGUCGCAUAAGGGCGAGGCUGCUGGUGCCAACAAGGGCGUUGCCCCUGGCAGCCUUGCCGGCGCCGGUGGCCUCUCGGCCGAGGCCUUUGAGUCGACCAUGAGCAGCCUGGAGACGAGGCUCGGGGCGACCAUGGCGGAGGCAUUCAAGUCGUCGCUGAACAACCUGCACAGCAAGAUCAACGACAACGCUCGCGCCAGGGACGACAACUUUAACCAGCACCAGCGGAAACUCCUCGACAUGGUUUCGGAUAUAUUGAACGAGAACACCCAGAAGGUGCUCGAGACUUUGAUCCACCAGCAGUUUACCGACGUGGUGAUUCCCACCAUCAGCGACAAGACCAGCCACGCCGUCGCCGACCUGGUCCUGAACAAGCUGCAGGCCAACAUGAUGCUGUCGGUGCAGAAGGAGAUCCAGGGCGCCCUGCCGCACGCCGUCAGCCGCUCGCUCCGGUCCAACGACUUCAUCAACGCCAUUGCCGAUAGAGUCAGCAACGUGGUGUCGGCCAGCGUGCAGCAGGAGGUGCUGUCGACGCUGACGCAGCGCCUGGCGCCGUCGCUGAACACGAUUGCCACCCAGGCGGCCCAGCGCGUGGCCACGGACAUCCAUCAGCAGUAUCACGACCAGUUUGAGCAGAUGAGGGCGCAGCACGCCGCGGACAACAACAAGAUUGACCAGCUGCUGUCGUACGUGACGCGGCUGACGGACAUGGUGUCGACGAUGGCGGCCUCGCAAUCGUCGCUGCAGGCCGAGUUCUCGUCGCUGCAGGCCGAGUUCAUCAAGUUCAAGCAGCAGCCCGUCGAGCUCCCCGUGGGCGCCGUCCCCGGCGGCGUCAACAUGCCGCACCCCGGCAGUGUCGCCCACAGCAUCGGAUCUCAUGGUUACGCUAACACCGUGGCCAGCCACCGGCCCAGCUUCCCGCCUAGCCAACCGCCCAGCCAGGCCCCGAGCCACCCCCAGCAGUACGGCAGCCCUCAGUACAUGCGCGGCUCGCAGCACAUGGCCAGCCCGCACGGCUCCGCCGCCCCCUCGGACCACGUCGGGCCCGUCAACAACGUGACUGCGCUCGCCGGCGCCUACGCGAGCCAGAUGAACCGGACCGAGGCCGAGGCCGACAACGACCUGGUGCAGCGCAUCCGCGUGAUUGAGCAGGCCAUUGCCGAGAACCGCCUGCAGGACGCCAUGAUCCAAUGGAUCCAGAGCGGCCGCGAGACCGACAUCUUCCGCCGCUGCCUGAGCCGAUACCCCCCGAGCAAGUUUGACAACCUCCAGCCGCUGAUGCUGCUUGUGGUGAUUGCCACCAUCUCCAAGGAGCUGAGGCCGAACCCGCGCCUGAAGGAGGAGAUUGAGUGGAUUGAGAUGGCCGUGAGGGCCUUUGGCGCCAGCUUGCCCAACUACAACUGGGACGAUGACACUUCGCGUGAAAUCGUAAAGAGCACAUCUCAGACGAUGCAGUUGCUCAUUAACCGCGUGCAGCCUCUGAUUGCUGGUAUCCAGGAUGGCUUUCCCACCGAUCCGUUCCUCGCCAACCUCGAGCGAGGCAAGCUGGACUGGAUCGUGCAGUCGUCCAGGCACAUCCUGAACACAUUUGCCUAA